GUAUCACAAGUGAUUAGCCUCUUGCCGCCCGAAGUAAUCGCUCAAAUUCGACGGGCCUGUGAGAACUCCGAUGGCGGUAGUAGUGGUGAAAAUCGUGCUUCAUUGGACUCCGCGACUCCCAACAGCAUCGAAAAGCACCCUACAGACACAGAGACUAUUGCCCACCGUGUCCACGCCAUCCUCGUCCGAUACUUGGGCCCAGGAUCGCUAGCUACAUUUUUCCAGUCAAACACCAGCGAAGAAUCCACCCCCCGGGUUCCCCACUCCGCCUCUUCCUGCGUCUAUGGAAGCCUUACCGAAUCAUGUGACUUCAGUAAUCGCGAAAUCGACAAUGUCAUGUUCAACGUCGUUUUCCUGCUCGUCCACCCCAAGCUUGGUUUCUACCACGAGAAUUUUCAGAAACACGCCUCAGUCACGUUCACAAUACCGGCAAUCUCUGGUAUCUGA